GGCAACGAGACCAACUUCCGCUCGACCCACCCACUUCCACUGCCCUCACCGUGAGGCUCACCUUGGCAACCAAAUCUCACGUUGGUGGCGGAGGCGGGUUCUGCAGGUCACGGUCGUUCCUAGCCGGCUUUAUACCAGCGGGAUACGAAAAUGUACAGCCAGCGGUGUGGUAUCGUACGGCGGGAGGUUAAGGGCCCCACUCCCAAGGUGGUGAUCAUGAGAGCCAAGUCUCCCAAAGGCCCAGGGAUGGAGCAACAUCUGGAAAGAAUCCAGCGCAGCCACCAGAAACAUCAGGCUACUUUGGCUUCCAUUAAGUCAAUUGAGCGGGAUCGCCUCAAAGUUGAGUGGGACCAGCACAUUGACCGCAAGUUUUUUAACAGUCUUGUGAGAGCAAGAAUUAAAGAUGCCAUGCAAGAGUUUAUUAUCAACACUGAAGAAAGGCGAAAUAAGCUACGUGAACUUUUAGCAUCAGAAGAAAAUGAAUAUUUUAUUGAAAUGCAACAGAAAGAAGAAACCAAUGAAGAGAAAAAAGAUAGAAUGAGAGAGAAAACCAGAUUAUUGAAAGAGAAGAAAGAAAAAGAAAGACAAGAUUUUGUGGCUGAAAAGUUAGACCAACAAUUCAGGGAGCGCUGCGAAGAGCUUCGUAAUGAAUUGUUUUGCAACCAUCAGAAGAAGGUGUGUGAGGAGCGGAAAGCACAGAUUGCAUUUAAUGAGGAGCAGAAGAGGCAAAACAUGAUAGAAGAGCAGAUGUUUGCAAGGCUCUGGGAGGAGGACCGCUUAGCCAAAGAAAAGCGAGAAGCCCAACGGGAGAGGAGACAGAAGGAGCUGAUAGAGAACACACGUCUGGGGCUGAAUGCCCAGGUCACCAGCAUCCAGGCCCAAAGGCAGGCAGCGCAGCAGCUGAAGGAAGAGGAGGCGCGUCUGCUGGAAAAGGACAAUGCACAGGUUAAACUUGAACAUGAACAAGAAAAGCUAAAGAAACAAAAGGCAAAACAGGAAGUUAGAAGCGUCUUACAAAAGAUCUUACAAGAGAAGAUGGAAUAUAUUCAGCAGGAAUACAGAGAAGAGCAGGAUCUGAACAUGAAACUUGUGCAAAGGGCCCUUCAAGAUUUACAGGAAGAGACAGAUAAAAAGAAGCAAAAAAGAGAAGAUAUGGUAAGAGAACAGAAGAUAUACCUUAAAUAUUUGGUACAGCAACAUGAAGAAGAAAAAGCUCAGGAGAGAGAAUUGGACAGAAUAUUAGAGGAGGAAAAGCAAAAGAAGCUGGCUGAGAAAGACAAAGAGCUGAGACUUGAAAAAGAGGCAAGGAAACAACUCAUGAAUGAAGUCAUGUGUACAAGAAAACUCCAAGUUCAAGAAAAGCUUCAAAGAAAAGCCAAAGAACAGGAAGAAUGUGCUAUGGAACAGGAACGAAUAAAUGAAGGUCUUAAAGAACUUAAUCGUGAAGAGAAGGAGAAUUUUUCAAGACGCUGUGGUCUAGCCCAAGAGUACAGGAAGCAACUUCAGAUGCAAAUAGCCCACCAGCAGCAAGCCCGAGAGGCAGAGAAGGAAGAGAAGCGCCGAGAAUUUGAAGCAGGGAUAGCAGCAAACCAGAGGUGCCUGGAAAAGAUCCAGGAGAUCCUAUGCAGCCAUUCUGUGCUCCCCCAGAACAUCCAUCCCAUGCGGAGGGCUUGUCCUAAUAAACUUCCACCAUAGUAGCUUAAACAUCAAUGCAUCUUUUCUUGGCCUUUUUUAUUUUUAACUUGCUUGAUGCUCCUUUUA